AUGCUCAGGAAACAGUCACGUGAACGCAGGCAAUACGUCUAUGCCAAGUCGCUCGAGGCGCAGGAGCGGCAGACGUACGAGCGCAAACAGGCCCUCAAGGACGCCCUCGCGAGCGGAAAGCAGCUGCCCACCGAACUCCGCAAGCAUGCCUCCGCCCUGGGACGCGACUUGCCAUUCGAUGAGGCUCAGUCCGAUCCGACCACGCAUAUCGACAGUGAAUACUCGCGCGCGGGCAUACAGGACCCUAAAAUCAUCGUCACUACCUCCCGCGAUCCCAGCUCAAAACUGCUUCAGUUUGCAAAGGAAAUGCGUCUGGUCUUCCCCAACUCUCACCGAAUAAACCGCGGAAACUACGUUGUGAAAGACUUGGCCGAGGCCUGCCGCGCAAACGACGUCUCGGACCUCGUAAUCCUCCACGAGCACCGCGGCGUACCGGACGCCAUGAUCGUCUCGCACUUCCCGCACGGUCCCACGCUCUACUUCACCCUGCAUAACGUCUCUUUGCGGCACGAUAUCGCGUCGUACCGCGCUUCGACCGUGUCGGAGCAGUACCCGCAUUUGAUAUUCGAGAACUUCAGUUCGCCGUUGGGUGAGAGGAUCCGGGACUGCUUGAAGUACCUGUUCCCGGUGCCCAAGGAGGAUGCGAAGCGUGUCAUGACGUUCUCGAACGAGCAUGAUUUCAUCUCUUUCCGCCACCAUGUCUUUGUCAAGGUCCCUCCACGGGAUGUGCAGCUCGCGGAGGUCGGGCCUCGAUUCGAGAUGAAGCCAUACGAGAUCAGGCAGGGUACUGUCGAGCAAACAGAAGCCGAGCGCGAAUGGGUACUCUCGCACUACUCGCGAACGGCAAAGAAGCGCAGCCUACUUGCCGGCCCUCCUCCCCGCGUACAGAAGGCUCGGGCUGAUGACGACGACGCCGAUGGUCCUGUCAAGAAGCCAAAGAAGGCCAGACGAUGA